UUGUGGGCCAAAUGGAACUUAAGUUAUGCUCCGGAAACCAAAUUGCUAACGGACGGACGGACGUACGGACGGACGGACGGACGGACAGACAGACAGACGGACGCCAGGGGGUAUAACAUAAUAUGCCCUUUCGGGCAUAUAAAAAUAAAUCAGAAUCAAAACAUCACACCAUUUAAAGAAGAGAAUAAAGAUAAAUUAGAUUCCACACCUCACAUCCAGCAAAAUAAAGUAAAGAAUAUAUCAACAACAUCUUGUCAACAAACACAGAAAUCUAACAAUCACUUUGAACAGGACUUACUGUCACCACCAGAUUUUGGUAUCUUACUUGAAGAAGAUGCAGACAAACCAUUUGAUCGUAGUGAAACAAACAUGCCUACAUACAGCACUUCAAUCAAUAGUAUUAAACCAUUUGAGAAUCAGCUAGCUAUCAACACAACUACAACAUUAGACAACAACAACAACAACAACAACACAGAAAAUGAUGAAAUAAAUGAAUUUAUGGUAACAGACGAAAAUGUACAUAACGAACUAGAAGAACUUUUAAAUGACAUUAGUGAAUUUCAAAAGCAACAAAUGGAAAAAGAACUAAACAUACAGGAGAAGAAAAUUAAUGAACAAGAAACUGAACAAGAAAAUGAACAGGAGACACAAGAUUUACUUAAAAGACACAUUGAAUUAAAAGAAGAGUUAAAACAACUGAAAUGCCAAGAAGAAAAAUUAUUGAAAGAAAAACAAGAAGAAGAAGAAAAACAACAACAGAAACAACAACAACUUAAGGAUAGAAUUGAAGGAAAACAACAAACCACAGACACAACAGUAGAAACAACAGAAACAACCACAGAAAUGACAACAGAUGAUUACCGACUUAUAAGAAUCAAAGACAUACCACUUAAACCUGAAACAGAUACUAUCAUGCAUGAUCCCAGAACUUAUCUUAAAGGUGCUCCCUCAGCAUAUAUCAACACACCAAAUGCUCAAUUAAUAAAAAAUCAUAGGAUAAAUGCGUUACAACUUGGCGUGGAUAAAGGAAACGUGAAUUAUACAUACAAAGGGAGUACCGUUAUAAAGAAAGAAUCAGUAUUACUAGAAUCAGGAGAUCAAUAUAUGCUAGAAACAUUUAUCACACCGAAACCUAUGGAAUACUUCUUACGACCAAAGUCAACGCAAACCUGCAAUGUAGUCUGUAAGCACUGUGGCAGAUACCCAUUCGAAGAAGAAACAGAUGAACUUGAUUAUUUAUUUUAAUUAAUAACGGAAAGAACAUUAUUGAACAUUGAGCAUUGAGAAGAACUUAAGUAAAAAAAUAAACAAGAAACAUGGCAAUGCCAUGAAACCAGGUUUUCAAUUAUCACCAUUGUAGAUAAAUAUGUUGUAUUUGAAAUACAAAUACAAGCAACAAACAAUGUAACUAUGUGCAAUGUAAAACAUGAAUAAUGUAGGAGGAAUUGCGC